AUGGGGAAAGAAAUAAGCAAUGCAUGUAUGGUCAUGCUUAAGCUUAUAAUGGAAAAAUUCAAUAUUGAUCUUCUUCAAUUAAUUCCCAACUUUGAUAUUGAGGAAUAUGUAGAAACCCCAAGAGAAAAUAAUGAAGUGGUACCAAAUGAUGUUAAAGAAGGACACUUUGUUGUAUUUUCAGUAAAUCCAGAGGAGGAGCCAAAGAGGUUUAUUGUGGAACUCCAUUGUCUCACUAAUCCAUCAUUCUUGAAAUUACUAAAACAAGCUGAAGAUGAAUAUGGAUUUCAUCAAAAGGGUGUUCUUGAACUUCCUUGUCGCGCUGCGGAAUUACAAAAGAUUUUGAAACUCAAGAUUGGAUGA